AAUUAAAAUCUAUUAAAACCCUCUUUUAUAUAAAAAAAAUCAAUUCAAUUUAAUUUGAUUUAUAGUCCAGCAAUUUUUAUGUUAAUAAUAUUGCAAGUACUACCAGCAUAAUUUGUUCCAGUGAAAUAUUAAUUUAAAAUGAUGUCAAAUCAAAUGACAAGUGACUAAAUACAUUGAGAAAAAAGAAAAAAAAGAAUAAUAAUAUUAAUUAAAAUACCCGGGGUUUUAGAGAAACAAAUACAAGCAUCCCCCAUAUUUUAAACUAGAUCGUGCGUUUGCAAAGUAAUCCUCCGCAACGUAUAUGUGUGUGAGUGUGCGUUAAAUUAAAAUACAAAAUUGUGUGCGCUUUAUUUUUAUAUUUUAUAAAAGUCAAUGACGUUGAUUUUCAAAUCAAAGGAAAUUGAAAUUUUUGUCAACGCUGUACCCAAGCAAGUUAACCAGAAGACAUGCCGCCCUCUGCGUUUUUAGUUGGUUCUACCAUUAUAACAACACCCGAUUGUGAGAUCUCACCAAAUAAAACAGCCUUGCAAUUGUUAUCACCACCUCCAUCACAACUACAGACACAAACUCAAAUCCAAGCCCCUGUACGCCAGAGCGUUAGUCCACAAAUUAAAACGGAAUAUAAUUUAAACAACAAUUGUCACUCGUUGCAAAACUUUAAUUAUUUGAAUACAAGUGAUUUGAGUGAUAAAGCAACGAAUAUGGUUUUGCAAUCAUACAACAGUUACGAGCAAUAUCAUUUGCAACAGCAGCAUCAUGGUCAAACGGCUGCUACGGUGUUGGCACAACACUCACCCCCUUUAUAUAAUACAGCAACAACAAACUCACCCGCCGCUAUAAAUACUCAUCAUCAACAAAAUACCCAGCAGCAGCAACAGCAGCAUCAUCAUCAACAACAACAAAAUAAUCUCCCUCAGUAUCAAAACCUUUACAACAGCCCGCCUCAUCAUCAGCAACAACAGCAUUUGACAAAUCUGUCUGCAACACAUAACCUCAGUAACAACAACAGCCACCCCCACCAUCAACAACAUCAGCUGCAGCAACACCAGCAUCAUCAACAGCAGCACCAGCAUCAACAUCACCAUCAUCACUCCCUCCACCAACAUUUGAGCCAUCAACAACAACAGCAGCACGCGCAACAACGUUUAUCCGCCGGCAGUAGCAGUAGUAUUACUUCAUCAUUGUCAUCAAAUAAUUCCUCUCUAACUUCGGUUUCAUCUGCCAAUACAAAUGUUUCUUCUACCACACCUGCUGUCUCAUCAUCAUCGUCAUCAUCAUCCGCCUCGACGUCUACUGCUGCUUCCUCAGUUGUAAAUUCUCUAACCACCUCCGGCUCACCCUCAUCGGCUUCGUCAACGGCUGGUCCGUUUUUGUCAGCCGCCUCGUUGGGCAUUAAUUAUUUCAACGAUACCAUACCAUAUGUGGGAGAUUAUUCAGCUGCGACGGGUCAUUUAUACACCGAUAUUGAUGCAAACUUUUUUAGUCAAGGAUAUUCAACUCCACAUGAUCGCAAUAAUAGCCCGCCACCUCAACAGCAGCAGCAGCAAUCGCAAACUGCUGCCAAUACAGCCAUGUUGCCACCAGCUCAAACACAAAACUCCACAUCCUCCAAUGCCAAUAACAAUAGCAAUAACAGUGGUUCAGCCCUUUCGCCCAAUAGUGCUAAUAGUAAUAAUAACAACAACAAUAAUAAUGGUGCCAAUCUCAAUUUCCUGCAAAUGACCAUGAGAAACCCAGCCGCUGCAUUCUAUACACAACAUCCCAUGAAAGAGGAGCCCGGUACUCAAUCCGCCUAUGGAAAUCUAAGUGCCAAUAACAAUCAGACAGAUCCCACAGAUUUGUCUGGGUUCGGUUUACCUGCCAGUAUGACCAAAACGUCAGCGGCCAGUUAUGAUGACAAUGAUUAUCAUAACAGCAUGUCGUCACAGGAUCAUCAGAGCCAAGCAAGCUAUUUAGACGGUAGUUCGCCGGAUUUCUAUGGUCUUAAUGGUGUGGAACAGAAAUAUACAGACUAUGGUCGUUCAAGGUUUCACAAUUCCUACCCGCCAGAGUUUUCCUCCUACGAUACAUCACAAUUCCCCUCAAUGGCCGCGGCCGAUCAAUGGGGUGUCCAUCAUGGUAAUCAACAUCAUGCCGCCUAUCUGUCUACCAUGAGUCUGGACAAGGCUUUAUUGGGUACUUAUCCUUCACAGGGAGGUGUUCCCUGUUUCCAAGGCUCUGGACCCAUACAACUGUGGCAGUUUUUGUUAGAACUUUUAAUGGAUAAAAAUUGUCAAGGUUUUAUUUCCUGGACUGGUGAUGGUUGGGAAUUCAAAUUGACAGAUCCUGAUGAGGUGGCUCGUCGUUGGGGUAUACGCAAGAAUAAACCAAAAAUGAACUAUGAAAAGCUGAGCAGAGGCCUACGUUAUUAUUAUGAUAAGAAUAUUAUACACAAAACAGCAGGUAAACGUUAUGUCUACCGUUUUGUUUGUGAUCUACAAAAUUUAAUUGGUUAUUCACCCGAAGAAUUGUGUGCUAAAUAUGACCUCAAAACCGAAAAGAAAGAUGAUGAUUAGAAUUUUUCUUUAGAACGUAAGACGUGCUGCAACAGACUUUAACAAAAACAACAACAAAAUGGUGGAUUCUUCCAAAUGUGCUUAAAAGUAAAUUUCCAACUGCUCUACCACUACACUCAACAAAAAGUAACCCAACAAACAAUAUAAAAAAAAUGCUAACUAAAACAUACAUAAAAGAAAUUCAGUUAUUUUUCUAUUAAUUACUCACAUAAAUGUUCUUUUAUUUUUUUUGUUAAAGAUAAAAUAGAAAAAAACAUUUAAUAAUUUUUAAAUGGAUAAAUUAAAAACGUGAUGUAAUUUUAUAAGUUUAUUUUUUUAUAAAAAUAUUUAACAAUCAUAUUCUUUUAUAAUAUAAAUCAAACAAUAGU